UCAAAACGAACAACAGCCACAGCUUGAUCUAAACGGAAAAAUUUGUCAUUGUGAGCGCGCGCGAGGGAAAAUGAGUUUCAUAGCGGGGAGAUUGGCAGCAGGGAAAGAGGGAGCAUAUUUUUUCCAGGAAUCCAAACAGGCCGUGGGUCGUAUUGUAUCCCAGAAGAAGCUUCCAUCGACGCCUUCUCAACAACCUCCUCCUUCUUCUUCUUCUUCUCUGAUUGUUGAGCAGGAAGCCCAAGCUGAUGUGCUUCACGAGGUGUUACGCCACUCUUUGCCCCCAAAGAUUUUCCAUGAUCCCUCUGCUUCUUCUUCUUCGUCUCCCUACUCGGCCUCCAAAUGGGUUCUCAAGUCAGACCCUAACUACCGCUAUUCCAUCUCUGCUGAGGCUCUUAACCCUCUAAGGGCCUACCUUUCUCUGCCUCAGGUCACUUUUGGCGCCAAAAGGUGGGAAAUUCCAAAAGUAGAAAACUCGGUUUUGGCCUCAACAGCUAACGAAUUGCGUCAAGACAGGCAUACCCCUUUCAAUCCUGAGAAGUUGAAGGCUGCAGCUGAAGGGCUUGCAUAUGUUGGAAAGGCUUUUGCUAUUGCCACAGCAAUAAUAUUUGGUGGUGCCACUUUAGUGUUUGGACUGGCAGCAUCGAAACUGGAGCUGCAAAGUAGUGAUGAUAUCCGAGCUAAAGGACGAGACCUUGUUGAGCCAAAACUUCAGACUAUUAGGGAGCAACUGAUUCCCUUAAAAGAUUGGGCUGAGAAUAAAUCAAAGAAAUGGCAUAUAGAAAGGGAGGAAGAUGUUAAACAAAAGCCUAUCGUAAAGGAACUUGCUAAAAUUUUGGGUGCAAAGACCUCCAACUCAAAUUGAUUUUCAUGUGUUAUUAUUAUUAUUGUGUAUGUAAUUUUUUUUUUUUGGUUAUUGUAUUGAUGCUGUGGUUCACUUCAGGGCAUGCUAUUGUUGUAUAAGUGAUAUUAGGUGAUCAUAUCUAAUUUUGAGGAUGUAAUCCAGUCUAGUAUGGAAACUAAGUUUUGUAUAUAAAUAGAAGGAAAUAAACCUUUUCAAGCUUCUUUUUAAGAAAACCAUGUCCAGGGCACUGUAAUAAGAUGUUUGAAAGUUGAUGUAAAAAUAGCAUUAUUAUAUUUCAAAAACUAUAUAUAGCAUUAUUACAAACUCCGACCUUCUUCUAAACUAUGUUUCAACAAUUUGGCUCUGACUUCCAAGUGUUCGAUUUUUCAUUUCUUCAGCACUCCCUCUCCCACCCAAUGAUGGGUAAAACAUAGUUCAAUUGCAAAUCUGAUGUAAGAAAUGCGAUAUUUAUUAGGUGUUUAUAUGGAGCAUUUAUCUUCUCAUGUCCAAUCUACUUGCAGUAAGCUGAGACUUUGCACUGUAAUCUAGUCCAUCAACAUGUAAUCGCAAAAUUUUAUGGUGGAAAGAAUAUUGACUAUAAGAUGUAGAGAGGAAAACAUGUUUCUACAGUGUUUAUAUAUAUAUGCUUGUCCAAAACAGAAUGCAUAAAUAAUCUUAUGGUUUAAUACUGCAAAUAUUUGAUAAAUAUUUCUUGAGGAACCACCCUUUGAAAAAAAAUAAAUAA